AUGACUGAUAGUAGCAAGGAUAUUGAUAAUGAGAUGGAAGACCCUAGAAAUCAAGAAAAUAAAAAAUCAGAUGAAAAUGUUGACAAGAAAAUGUCUACAUUAAAAAACAACAAUAUCUACAAUAAUAAUGAUGAAUUAAAAAAAGAUGGGGAAAUAAUACCUUUUCAAAGUCAAAUAUAUAUUGGUAAUAGACGUUAUAAAGAACAAUCUUCACCGCCUUUUAAUAAAAGAGUUCGUGGUUUAUCCACAUCGAAUGGAAUGUAUUAUGAUUCAGGAAGAACAAGAGAUGAUCAAUAUUCUUAUUAUCAUAGAAAUGACUACCAUCCUGUUCCUCCCCCUUAUAUAGAUCAUCAUAUUCCAUAUGGAAGAGGAUUAUUAAAUAAUAAUAAUAAUAUGUCGAGGCGAUCUUCUAAUGCACCACCACCUUUACAAUCCGGAAGAUCAACAAUCCCACGUCCAUCAGAUAGAUUACGUAAUAGAUAUUAA